AUGGAAGACCAUGAUGAUCAGGAAUUAAUAUCAGCAGAGCAUGAUCAUUUAGUGAGUGCUAUUUCAAAGUUAGAUAAAACUCAGCACAUAACACAGCCUUCCCGAAAUGAGCCUACCAGCCUUAAUUCUGAAUUUAAUUUAAUAAAGAACACGAACAAAGUUGAUCUUGGCAAAGUUGUUACAGCUCUUAAAGGCAGCGCGCAGCAUUCAAAUAUAACUAACAAGUUGAAGAGACUUCAAAACGCCCAGGCACUUCCAAAACCUUUGGAAAAGCCUCAAGCUGAACGUAUUAAAAGAGCGACAGGAUAUGAAGCAACGAAAGAGAAAGUAGGAAAAUGGGACGCAGUUGUAGCCAGGAACCGCACUGUAGAUUAUGUGUCAUUUCCCCUUAGAUCUAUGACUAGAAAAGAACACCCAACAAAAAUCAUUUUAUCAAAAUUGAAAUCAAAAUCUCCUCUUGAAAAAGAGUUAGAUGUAAUAGAUCCACCAGUAGAAGCUGAAGAAGUUGAAGAUGAAAAAAGUUUCCCUAUGACUUAUGAGGAAUUACUAGAACACAGAAAACAAAUGGCUAAAUUACGAGCUCAACAGUCUUAUAAAGCUGCGAAAGCCAAGAGACAGAGCAAAAUUAAAAGUAAAAAAUAUCACAGGAUCUUAAAAAAGGAGAAAUUAAAACAACAACUGAAGGAAUUUGAAGAAUUGCAAGAAAAAGAUCCUGAAGAAGCUUUAAAAAAAUUAGAAGAGUUAGAGAAGGCUCGAGCUUUGGAGCGGCACACUUUGCGCCACAAGAACACUGGUAAAUGGGCAAAAAGUAAGCUUGUUCGAGCAAAGUAUGAUAAAGAGGUAAGGCAGCAAUUAGCCGAACAAUUAGCAGUAAGUCGAGGUCUUACCCAGAAAACCCAAGACACUUCAAGCACUGAUGAUGAAGCUGAUGAAAACGAAGUCAUCACUGAUUUAACCUUAGCACAAGAUCCCUUAAAUCCGUGGAUGAUGAAAAGACCUGAUAAGAGCAAUGUUGAUUCAGAAUUUAAUUUUGGCUAUAAAGAAUAUCUAAAAAAUAAAAUGCAAGAAAAUCCCGAUAGUGAUACAGAAGUUAGUGAAAAUGAAGUCAGUACUUUAACUUCCCUGAAAGAAAAUAUUUUAAAACUAAGUAACUCAAACGAUAUUGAAACACCUACAGUCAAUAGGAGUCAUUUAGAAGUCAAGACAAAACCUCAACAAGAUUUUAAAUGUCAAAAUGUAAAAAUCGUUAAACAAAAAAAGAAACUAGUAGCAGUGUCAACCUCUGAAUGGUCUGUGGAAAUUAUAGGUGAACAAAAAAGUACCAGCAAUUCAAAAGUAACAGAAGUUUUUGAAGAUUUGGAAAACCAAAUAUCUAAGAAAGUUGAGCAAAAACUGAAAAAUCUAAGAGAAAGUAUUGAAGUUUUGGAAAGAGAACCUAAAAAAGAAAAUAAGUUUAAAAGCAAGGAUAGGAAUACCGCUACUGAUAAGUUUGAAUCAUUAAAGUUUAAGAACCAAAAUCCAAAACCAAUCAUUGAUGAAGUAUUAUUAGAAACCAACAUAAGAGAAACAGAAAAUUUACCAGUGCUUGAUAAGGUUACAAAAAUAUCACAAACUGGCAGGCUCACAGAUACUACUCAAAUAAAUGCAGAUAUAGAUCCUGGGAAGUUUAUUGAAGUAAAACCUAAGUACCUUAAUACUGCCUUAUCAAAAGGGGAAAGUAAUAUAGAUGAUUUGGAUGACAAUGAUGAACAGAUUGUACCCAAGGUGGACAUAGAAGAAGUUUUUGAGGAAGAUGAUGUUGUUGCCACAUUUAGGCAGGAAAAACAAGAUGAGGUUGAUAAUGACAUCCCAAAAAAUAUUGAUUUAGAAUUACCGGGUUGGGGCAGCUGGGGUGGUAUGGGUGUAAAAGCUCCUAAAAGGAAAAGAAACAGGUUCAUUUCUAAACCAAUCCCUAAGGCACGUAGAAGAGAUGAAAAUAAAGGAGAUGUAAUAAUAAAUGAAGUAAAGAUAGCUAAGUUGGAAGCUCACAAGGUUUCUGAAUUGCCUUUCCCAUUUACUAGCAUAAGUGACUAUGAGGCUUCCAUAAGAGUCCCACUUGGCAAUACUUUCAUUCCUGAAACAGCUCAUAAAAAACUAAUACGUCCUAAUGUCAUAACAAAAGCAGGAACCAUAAUAGAGCCUAUGGAUGAAGAACAGUUGAUGCUUCCCCGUAAUUUAGAAUUUAAAAAUCAAAAUGUAAUUGAAUUACUAGCUAAAAAAUAA